UUUUCCGGGAAGCAUUCCUGCCUGUUCCUCUCUGAAGCCGAGCAUUCCCGGGUGUUUACUUUUGCUGUGUUCUGUGUGCGGCUGCCGGGUGCUGUGAGGAGAGCUCAGGCAAGCUCAGAAGUUCCGACAUGGGUAAAGUGACCUAUGAUGACGUGCGUGUGGACUUCACUCAGGAAGAGUGGGCUUUGCUGGAUCCUUCUCAGAAGAGUCUCUACAAAGAUGUGAUGCUGGAGACAUAUAGGAAUCUUACUGCUAUAGGCUACAUUUGGGAAGACCAUACUAUUGAAGAACGUUUUCAAAGUUCUAGAAGACGUGGAAGGCAUGAAAGAAGUCAUACUGAAGAACAACCCUCUCAGUUUAUUCAGUGUGGGAAAGCCUUUGCUUUUCACAGUCAUAACCAAAGACAAGAAAGAAUUCAUACUGGAAAGAAACCCUAUGAAGGUGUCCAACAUUGUGAAGCCUUUGCGUAUCACAGUAGUCUCAAAAUACCUAAACCAAAACUUGCUGGAGAGAACACCUAUGAGUGUAACCAAUGUGGUAAAGGCUUUGCAUCUCACAGGUCUCUUCAAAGGCAUAAAGGAGAGAAACCUUAUGAAUGUAAUCAGUGUGGUAAAGCUUUUGCAUGUCGAGGUGCACUCCAAAUGCAUAAACGAAUACGUACAGGAGAGAAAACUCAUGAGUGUAAUCAAAGUGUUAAAGUCCUUGGAUGUCAAAGUCGACUACGAUAUCAUAAAAGUACCCAUACAGGAGAAAAACCUUAUGAAUGUAAUCAAUGUUGUAAAACCUUUUUAUAUCACAGUUAUCUUCAAACACAUAAAAGAAGGCAUACUGGAGAGAAACCCUUUGAAUGUAACCAAUGUGGUAAAGCCUUUGUAAGCAAGAGUCAUCUCCUAAGACAUAAAAGAACACAUACUGGUGAGAAACCCUACGAGUGUAAUCAGUGUGGUAAAGGCUUUUCACGUCACAGUUCUCUUCAAAGGCAUAUACGAGUUCAUACAGGAGAGAAACCUUAUGAAUGUAAUCAAUGUGGUAAAAACUUUGCAUGUCAAACUGGUCUCCGAAUACAUAAAAGAACACAUACAGGAGAGAAACCCUAUGGAUGUGAUCAAUGUGAUAAAGCCUUUGCAUGUCAAAGUGGUCUCCUGUAUCAUAAAAGGAUACAUACUGGAGAGAGACCAUAUGAAUGUAAUGAAUGCGGUAAAUCCUUCAUCCAUCACAGUCAUCUUCGAAUACAUAAAAGAACACAUACUGGAGAGAAACCCUUUGAAUGUGACAAAUGUGGUAAAGCCUUUGCACGAAACAGUCACCUGCUAACACAUAAAAGAAUACACAUUGGAAAGAAACCCUAUGAAUGAAAGAAAUAUGAUAAACUCUUUGCAAGGCAUAGUAGUCUCCAAGUUCAUAAAACAAUACUUCGUUGAGAGAAAUCCUGUUAAUGUAAUCAGUGUGGCAAAGUAAAAAAAAAAAAAAAGACAUCAUAUCCAGGAUAUAGUCCACAGAACUCAAAAAGGUUAACAAGCAGAAG